AUGUCUCAAAUGUCUUCAAACGAAUCAUUAAAUAUUUUCACUUCUAUAAUUAACAAUGAUGGAAUGUUUAGAACAUACCAUCAGAGAAAUGUCAUACGAAGAAGACAGAAUCGACAACGUGGAAGACAACGAAUAUAUCGAAAUCAUGUUCGAUUUAUUGCAUCCCUCAAUAUUAUUAAUAACGAAGAAAACACG